AUGCGAAGAACGCUUCAGUUGUGGGUGAUUCUCGAAUAUAGAAUAUCAGGAAUUUUAAUUCAAAAUGUCACCUCUCUGUAUCUUUUUCAUGAUCGUUACAGCCGGUUUUCAUACAUGUCGUGCAGCUACAGUAUCUCAAUUCCAGCAGCAGUUACUUUCGGAACACAACCGUCUCAGGGCCUUCCAUUCGGCCGGGCCACUCCGAUGGAAUCCCACCAUAAGCAAAUGGGCCCAACAGUGGGCUCAGGAAAUUGCCAAACGGAACAAGCUGGAACAUCGGCCCAACAACAAGUACGGCGAAAAUCUGUACGCCGUUUUCGGAACGACGACCAUUUCGGCGGCCCAGGUUGUGCGCAGUUGGUACCAGGAAAAGAAGGACUUCACCUACGGUAGAGAUCCGGGAGCGGAAUUCAGCAAAGUGGGCCACUUCACCCAGCUGGUUUGGAAGAGUACCAAGGAAGUUGGUUGCGGAGCAGCCGUUAAUGGCAAGAAUGUUUACGUCGUGUGCAACUAUAGUCCUCCGGGUAACUAUCGGGGUCAGUAUGCGCGAAAUGUGUCGCCGAAUUAGUUUCAAGUGAUGUGCUGCUAAAUAAU